AGCCAUUCUGGCUCAAGGCAUCGGCUCAAGACCAACUUUCUGAAGGCCGAGGGCGGCAUCGCCGCUCCGCGCGCCCCCGCCGCAGCGGCGACAGUGCUGGGGCUGGCUGGGGCCGCGGCCGGCGAUGCCCUCGCUGCCGCUGCCCCGGGGCGUCCGCUGCGCCGCGACGCCGCCAGCGCCCGCGCGGUCGCCGCCGACCCCGGGGCCCGCGAACGCGGCUCAGCGCCCGCCGGGCGCGCGCGGCUUCCUGGGUGCGCCGCUCGGCGCGGCCGCGGGGCGCCCCUGGUGCCUGGCCACGGCCCCUGUCGCACUGGCGGCCGGCACCUCGCGCCGCUCGAGGCGGAGAAGGCUCAGGAGGCAGGCCGCCGCCCUGGGCGCCGCCGCCUGCGCCGGCGCGGCGGGCGCGGAGGUGGAGACCCUGGGCUGGCAGGCCGAGCAGCUGCCGAUGCAGGGCCCGGUCGGCGCGGUGUUCGUGCGCGAGGUGGUGGAGGGCGGUUGGGCGGCGCGGCUGGGCGUGCGGCAGGGCGACCGGGUGGCCCUCAUCAACAAGAGGCCGCCCGAGCAGCUGACGCGCGAGGAGCUGAUCCUCGCCAUCCGGGGCCGCCCAGUGGAGCUCGCCUUCGAGCGCCCCGAGGCCCCGCCCGCGCCCGGGCCGCCCGAGGGGCGGCCCGCGCCGCUGCGGGGCGGCCAGGGGCUGCCCGUGCGGAUCGAGACGCGCGGGGUCCCGGUGCUGAUGUACGCUCCGCUGGAGGAGGUGGAGGAGCAGGCGCGCAACCAGCUCAUCAGCCUGGCGGAGUCGCCUCUGCCGGUCGGCCACGUCUCCGCCAUGCCGGACGUGCACAUGGGGAAGGGCGUGGCUAUCGGCGCGGUCUUCGCUUCCGAGAAGUACGUGUGCCCGAACGCUGUGGGGGUGGACAUCGGCUGUGGCAUGUGCGCUGUGCCGGUGUCUGGUCUCUUUAAGGACGACCUGAGCGAAGAGACGCUGCGCCACAUCCAGGGCCUGCUGAAGAGGAGGAUCCCAGUGUCGAUGGAGUCCCACGACACCGCCCUGGCGUGGGCUAGCAAGACGAUACAAGACAUCACCGCGGAAUGCCCUCCUUCCCAGUACCUGGAGCGGCGCCUCCACGCCGAGCGCAAUGGGAAGUUGGGCAAGAUUCAUAAUCAGUUGGGUACCCUUGGCGGCGGAAAUCAUUUUAUCGAGGUUGUUUACUCGGAGGGGGACCAGCAGGUGUGGUGCAUGUUGCACAGUGGGAGCAGAAAUGUAGGCAAUACUACAGCUGCGCAUUAUGACGAGAUCGCUGGACGAGAAGGAGAAUUUCUGCAAGGCGUGGCUGGCUCACUGAACUACCUGGAGAUUGAAAGUCCUAGUGGACAGGCCUACCUGAAGGAUAUGACUUGGUGCCAGGCUUACGCUAGAGAGAACCGUCGGAGCAUGUUGGACAUCAUGGUGGAAUCGGUUGAGGAGGUCACGGGCAAGCGCGCAGACAUGGAGAGGGCAGUGAACGCGCACCACAACUUCUGCCAGUGCGAGACCUGCCAUGUCGAGAACCCCCUCACUGGGCAGGUCGAGGAGCGCAAGCUGUGGGUGACCCGCAAAGGGGCCACGAGCGCGCGGGAAGGCCAGUACGGCAUCAUCCCCGGCAGCAUGGGGGUCGGCACCCUGCCACGUCGUCCGGGGCCGCGGCGCGCGCGGCUCGUGGCAGAGCUGCUCGCACGGCGCGGGGCGGCGCAUGUCGCGGACCAGGGCGAAGAAGGUCAUCCCGCAGGAUCCGGGGAGUUCGAGGCAUCCAUGAAGGGAAUCGUGUGCGACACGAAUGCCGCCGUGCGCGACGAGGCGCCGCAGGCCUACAAGGACCUGGCCACGGUGCUCGCCCACCAGGCCGAGCUGGUGGAGGUGGAGCAUCGGCUCCUGCCCCUCGUGAACGUCAAGGAGGAGAAGGGCUGGGGCGGCAAGGGCGGCCGCACGGGCCGGGGCCCGCGGACGCAGCAGAGCGGGGGCCCUCCGAGGAAGGCCGCGAAGAAGGGCAGGGGCGCCCAGGCAUGAUGCCCACGGGCAGUCCUCGUCCUCCAUUAUCCUCCUCCUCCUCCCCCUCCUCCUCCUCCUCCCCCUCCUCCUCCUCCUCCUCCUCCUCCUCCUCCUCCUCCUCCUACUCCUCCUUCGCGCAGAGCGGAGGGGACGGGCAGUCCUGCAGCCCAACUGCCAUCUGCAGGUCCGCGUCUGCUCUGCGGCGAUGUUGGCUGGCCUCUCUCUCUCUCUCUCUCUCUAGCCCGCGCAGCGAGGGCACGGCCGCCGGAUGUCUCUUCGCAGCGUGGCAUUGGCGCAUCUGCUCAGACAACCUCUAGGGUGCUGGGCUUCGCUCCAAUUCUAGGCCCUCGCCAGAUCGGUCGAGCCGCUCGGCCCAUGUAAAUAUCCCCGCAGAAGUGAGAACGCUGCGAGCGAAGGCGCCCCGUCAGAUUCUCAACAGUGU